AUGGCCUCGUACGUCAUCACCGGAACAUCCAAAGGCAUCGGCCUCGAACUCGUCAAACAACUGCUCGAACUCCCCGCCAGCCAAGUCGGCAAGAUCUUCGCCAUCACCCGCAACAACAGCUCGAAAGGCCUGAACGACCUGGUCUCAUCCAACUCAGACCGUCUCGUCAACGUCGUCGCCGAAGUCCAAAAAGAAGACAGCCUCAAGAAGGCCGCCGCGGAAGUCGAAUCGAAACUCGGCGGUGCAGGCCUCGAUAUCCUCGUCAACAAUGCGGGAGUCCUACCUUGGGAUGACAAGAAGAUUGAGAAUGUGAGCGGCGAGACGCUGCAUGAGGUUUUCGAUGUCAAUGUUGUUUCGGUGAAUCGGGUUACGGCGGCGUUUUUGCCGUUGUUGGAGAACGGGAAGAAGAAGCAGGUUUUCAACAUCUCCUCGACGCUGGGAUCGAUUGCACGAGUCCGUGACUGGCCACCCAGUGCUGCUCACAGCUACCGCAUCUCCAAGGCUGCGUUGAGCAUGUUGAACCAAUUCUACGCACACGAGAAGGAAGAGGAAGGCUUCACUUUCUUGUUGAUCACUCCAGGCUGGCUCAAGACAGACCUCGGAUCAUCCUACGCCGACUUGGAGCCAGAGGUUGGUGUUAAGGAGGUUCUGCGGAUCAUGAACGAGGCUACGCCGAAGCAGAAUGGCCAGUUCUUGAACAUUCAUGUUCCGGGCUGGGAGGAGAAGCAUCCGGCUUAUUACAACGGCAAGGGAGUGCCGUGGUAA